AUGCUCCGAGUGGCGGGGCUGCUGCCACGCUUGGCGCGGGGUGUCAUGCCUGGCCCGAAGCGUCCGCGCCCGCCCCGCAUCGGCACCCACGGGGGGACCUUCCACUGCGACGAGGCCCUCGCCUGCUUCCUCCUGCGCCGGCUCCCCUCUUACCAGGAUGCAGAGAUCGUCCGGACGCGGGAUCCCCAGCUGCUCUCGGAAUGUGAUGUGGUGGUGGACGUUGGGGGUGAAUAUGACCCACAGAAGCAUCGUUACGACCAUCACCAGAGAUCGUUCGGAGAGUCGAUGCACAGCCUGAGCGCUGAUAAACCCUGGCAGACCAAGCUGAGCAGCGCCGGGCUAGUGUAUUUCCAUUUUGGCUCCCAGAUUCUGGCUAAGCAGUUGGGCCUGAAUGAAGAGGAUCCUGUUGUGCGUGCCCUCUACGACAAGUUGUACGAGAACUUUGUGGAGGAGAUUGACGCCAUCGACAACGGCAUCUCCCAGUGGGAUGGGGAGCCUCGCUAUGCCAUGAGCACCAAUGUGAGCUCCAGGGUGAGCUAUCUGAACCCUCGCUGGAAUGACGAGGACCAAGAUACUGAGGCUGGAUUCCAGAAGGCCAUGGAGCUGGUGGGCGGUGAAUUCCUAGACCGGCUUGAUUACUAUCACCGUGGCUGGCUGCCUGCACGUGCCCUUGUGGAAGAGGCCAUCCAGCAGCGCUUUCAGGUCGACCCCAGUGGCGAGAUCCUGGCCCUGGCGCUGGGGGGUUGCCCCUGGAAGGAACAUCUCUUCAGCCUUGAACAGGAGCUGGGCGUAAAGAAGCCCCUCAAAUUUGUCUUGUACACAGAUCUCAGUGGCAAGUGGCGCGUGCAGUGUGUCCCUGACGGGCUGCACACCUUCCAAAACCGCUUGUCGCUUCUGGAGGAGUGGCGUGGUUUGCGCGACGAAGAACUCUCCCAAGUCAGCGGGAUCGCCGGUUGCAUCUUCGUGCAUUCCAGCGGCUUUAUCGGUGGGAACCACACCAAAGAAGGGGCACUGGAAAUGGCCCAGAAGACGUUGGCGCAGCAGACAGAAACCAAUACAUGCAGCUCAUGAGGACCACAUAACUGGACUUGUGUGGGGAUCCUUUGUUGUGUGGUGUU